AUGACUUUCGAGAAAAGAUAUUCUGUUGCCGUAUCCAUUCACGCGAAAUACUACUAUUGUUACCAUGAUUUGAUAAUUGAGUUAACUGGUGAUAUGUGAAUUGAAAUAAGCCCAUGCCUGCACGGAUAACUGAAACAAGCAAGACACAAGUGGGCACAUAGAAUUGUCAAGUAUGCUGACUGAUGAACUAAUGAGUCAUUCUUCCUAAUUAUCAUAGUCUCAAUAAUGAUCUGUCCAAGUUCAUGCAGGUGGUCACUGAUUGCGGGGAGACUUCCGGGAAGAACCGCAAACGACGUGAAGAACUAUUGGAACACCCACUUGGCUGAAAAGGUUGUCUAUCAGAAGCUGAAGGAAGACAACCCGCCUACAAAAUUUGCCAGCUCGGCAUGGCUCGACGGGAAAGCCACACUGGUGGCUUCAAGGACUCCACCAGGUGAAAACACUGGACAAUCAUCUCCAAUGUUAUCUCAUCAGGACAAGGAGAUUGCUUGGUGGGAAAAUCUGCUAACCGAAAGCAGCCCCGAUGAAGCGCUCGUCACCUCAACAAGUUGCUCAGAAGGACAGUCACGCACGAAUUCGUGGCCUCAAGAAUUUGCUAUGGAAGAGGGACAAAAUGGUUGGAAUGAGCUCUCUUUCGAUGCCGACGUUUGGGAAUUUCUCGACUCGAAUCCUCGUGCUGUUAUCUAGCUAUUGCUUUGGUCGAUCUGUCUUAGUAGCUAUUACUACUGAGGCAAACUCAUGCGGUUUAUGUGUUAUGUAAUUCUCCAUAGUGUGCUAAAAUUGGGCCGUUUAUUAAACCAGUGAUUGAUGCAUUUGACUGUAGAAGAAGCUUGUUAUAGAAGUGGCUCCUUGUGAGAAAUAAUGUCUGCAAAGGAAUAGUCACAUUCGUCUUUAAAUUUGUCAUGUAUUGUGAGUGUGAAGCUCAUGAUGGAAAUGGUUGGAA